UUCAUCAUUCUCUUUAGGACUCAAACACGAUGCCAGGGGUCAAGAAGUCGGCUGAGAUUGCUCGAGGCGAGCCCCAUGUCUUCGGGUCACAGGCUGAAGAGGGCAAGGCAGUGGAUGCGGACACACAGCGCCUCGAAGAGAUGGGUUACUCACAGCCGAUGAAGCGAAAGUACUCGGUGAUGUCGGUCUUGGGUGUGGCCUAUUCUUUGACCAAUUCGUGGUGGGGAGUGUCUGCCUCUCUAGUGACUGGCAUCAACUCCGGAGGUUCGGCUCUGCUCGUGUACGGGACCAUCUUGCUGGCCCUCGUUUCCACUGCUGUGGCAGCGACUCUCUCAGAGCUGGUCAGUGCCAUGCCAAAUGCUGCGGGGCAGUCUUUCUGGGCCCGCGAGCUGGUUCCACGCAAGUACGCUCGACUUGCAUCCUACAUCACGGGUUGGCUGGCCUGGUCGGGGUCAAUCUUUGCCUCCGCCAGUGUUGCAUCGGGCGUGGCAUCGGCCUGCGUUGGUUCCUACGCUCUCUCUCAUCCUACCCUCGAAGUGAAACCGUGGCAUACGCUUGUGGCCUACCAGGUCGUCAACCUGUUUUGCUUUUUGUUUAAUAUAUACGGCAAGACGUUGUCCCUCGUCGGCAAUGCAUGCCUCUGGACUAGUCUUGGGUCUUUCUUCGUCAUCCUUAUUGUGGUUCCUGCACGAGCUGCAAGCCAUACGUCGCCCAAUUUCGUAUUUGCUUCUUUCUCCAAUGCGACCGGGUGGCAAAGUGAUGGCAUCGCCUUCAUAGUGGGAUUGAUCAAUGCCAACUGGGGUUUCAGUUGCCUUGAUGCAGCUGUGCAUCUGGCGGAGGAGAUUCAGCAUCCAGAAAGGAUGGUGCCUAUUGCUAUCAUGGGGGUUAUUGCAAUCGGUUUCGUGACUUCCUUCGCGUUUGUUCUCUCCAUGAUGUUCAGCGUCCAGGAUCUCGCCGCCUUCCUCGCAGCUUCUUUUCCGAGUCUGGAACUGUUCCAACAGGCCCUGCGCAACGAUGCUGGCGCCAUUGUUCUGGAAGCAUUGACAAUUGCGACCGGCAUGGGGAACGUAAUCUCGUGCCACACCUGGGCUGCACGGCUGUGCUGGUCUUUUUCGCGAGACCACGGCGUCCCUUUUGCCCGCAUAUGGUCUCAGAUUGCUCCUAGCGUCGAUACCCCUUUGGCGGCUCAUAUCUUGAACACGGCGAUUGUGGCGGCCAUUGGCUGCAUAUAUCUCGCCUCUCGAACGGCCUUCAACUCGAUGGUGACUGCCUGUAUUGUCCUUCCGUAUCUGUCUUACGUUUUACCAGUAAUAGGCCUUCUUCUUCGUGGCCGUAAUAGCAUUCAGCACGGCCCUUUCUGGCUCGGGAAGUUGGGGUUAUUUGCCAACUGGGUUUGUCUGGCUUGGAUCUUCUUCACCUGGGUAUUCUACUCAUUCCCUGCCCAAAUGCCCGCGACGGGUGGAAAUAUGAACUAUGUUUGUGUGAUCUAUGCUGUCAUCGGCGUGAUCAUGAUAAUCGACUGGUUCUCUAGAGCACGCAGGAUAUAUCUCUCCAAUAUUGCGACGAUUGACGGUCAGAACAUAUAUGAGGCUGAGGUGGCUACAGAGAGUUGGUCUGAAUGAGCGCGGUUGUCAUCCGAAGCGUAGGGGAAGCCUUGGAUUAUAAACUUGUAUACGGGUACCUGCCAAUCAA